UUCUCUCUUUUCACAACGGCUGGAGCCUCCAACCUACAAAGCCAUAACCUGAUCUACGUGAUCUCCUCCUCAACACCUCGCAUUUCCGUCUGGUCCGAACCCAUCAGACACGCCCCCUCCCACCCAACAUGUGCACCAGCUCCGACCUCUUCCUCGCCCUCCUCGCCGUCCUCUUCCCCCCCAUCGCCGUCUGGAUCAAAGUCGGCGUCUUCACCUGCUCCUCCCUCGUCAACGUCCUCCUCACCACCAUCGGCUACCUUCCCGGCCUCCUCCACGCCUGGUACAUCAUCGCCGCCUACCCCGACCCGAACACCUACGACUACGACUACGAAGCCCUUGAGUCCGGCAACGCCGACGGGGCUACCUACCCUCACGAACACGCCGUCGACGGCGUCUGGAUCUACGUGCGAGACCCCCGCCUGGCCCGCCGCGCCAUCGUGCAGAGUAAACAUCCGAAUGGGUACGGCGCGGCGGCGCAGGAGCAGCAGCGGGGAAGGGGCAGGGAGAGUGAUCGGCCGGCGCAGAGGAGCUAUGGGACGACGGGGGGGCAGCAGAGCGGGGUGACGGGGCAGCACGCGGCGACGGGGGGUCAGUCGCAGGCGGGCGGAGAGGGUGGAGGGGAGGGGAGUGCGGGAGGGGCGGCGCCGCCGAGUUAUGCGGAUGUGGUGGCGGGGGAUCAUAAGGUUCAGCAGCAUGAUUGA